AUGCUUCUGUGGAACAAAACAGGCAUCAAAAGUAGCUGGUACGCGAAUAUUGCAUCCUCCGCUUUCAGAGCGCACCUCCGCUGGAAGCUUUUAUUUGCAUGGGAGCAAAUGAGUUUGCCGCUAUCAAGAUUUUUGCUGGGACGGUAGGGCUGCAUUAUGGUAGCUGUAGGUUUUUACUCACAUUUUUCUACUGUUUUGUUCUUGCUGCUGGCAGUCACUAUUAGCCAUUGCUUGGGACUGAAAUGCAAAGAACAUCAAUAUCCUUUCGGUGAAAAAUGCUGCAAGGACUGUGCCCCUGGUGAAAGAAUGAGAAGCCGCUGCACAGCAGCAACAGACACAGUCUGUGCCCCCUGUCAAGAUGAAUACUUUAGUAGUGAGCACAACCACAACUUCUGCAAGAGUUGUACAAUCUGCAACACAAGGAAGGGGAGCGUGGAAGUGAAGAAGUGCGAGAAGACCUCUGACAGGAUUUGCAUGUGUGUUGCAGGUUACAUGCCAGAUGUCAGCUAUACGCUGGGAAGCGUAUGCUCACCAUGUCCUGAAGGAUCUUAUUCCAAAGGGGGAAAUGAAAACUGUCAACCUUGGACCAACUGCAGCGUUCUUGGGAAAAAUACUCUUCGGCAAGGGACAAAAACAGAUGAUGCUGUUUGCAGCAACCAUGUCACACAGCCAGCUACCUCUCAGAAUGCAACACCUGCUUUGAAUCUUUCCACCACUGAUGACAAGAAUAAUGUGUCGACUGCAGUGUUCUCACCGUCCAGACCCAGUGUGAUCCCUUUCAUUUGCCCGGAUACGAACAGCCCCACAGAGACUAACUGGGGGUCUUUAUCACUUAUCCUUAUUUGUCUGGUAUUGCUCGUUGUGAGUGGAAUGUCCAUCCUCCUGUUGGUUAUCCAAGCAGCCAAAAAAGAGACCAAGAAGAGGCCUUUUAGAAACAACCAUCGGCAAGAAAGGAGCGUCCGAAUUCCUAUCCAGGAAGAACACAUUGACUGCAAUUCUAGUCUCAUAAAAAACUGACUCUACAUUACUGUUUCCUGCAUUUCUGA